UUCAGUUGGUUCUAGUUUCAUAACCACGCAGAGUUCACAUGAGCUGGAGACGUGCAGAUGGAGCAGCUUUACAUUGUACUUGUGUUUGGAUUUUUAUCUGGUGCCGUAGGAGCACAAACCACACCGGGCUCUGCUCAGAAUCCCUCUUACCUGAUUGCAGUCUUCAAAACCGUGCGGCCCGGGCUUCCUGUCACAGUUUCAGUCACCAACCUCAAACAGUCUCCUGUUCUCGUCGUCUCUGAGAUUAUCCAUGGAAAUACCAGCAUUCAAACUCAAAAUAGCACAAUCGAAGCAGGGUCAACAGCAAGGCAAGUUCUUCCUCCAAUUCCAGAGGAUGACCAGAGCUACUGGAUCCCCUACGAGCUGCGAGUCAGAGGUUAUAGUGAAGGAAUUUUAGUCUACUGUAAUUCAACCUCACUGCGCUAUGAGCUACAGGGCAUGGCUAUUUUACUCCAAACUGACAAGCCAAAGUACAAGCCAGGCCAAGCUGUGAAAAUCCGGGCUGUGGUCAUCACCCCUGAUGGCAAACCAUGUGACAAACGGAUAGACCUCGUCAUCAUGGACCCUAAACGAAACAUGGUACAUCAGUGGCUGUCAGUGGAGACUUCUGUUGGUACGGCAUCUCGAGAGUUCCAGCUUUCUGACAACCCUCCGCUUGGGAAUUGGGUAAUUGCGGCCUCCAUGAAAGAGGUAGCACAGGAGCAAGUAUUCACUGUCAGUCAUUAUGUGCUCCCAAAAUUUGAGGUUCUGGUGAAUGCGCCUGAUGUGCUUUACUAUGAAGAUCACCUGGUAUACACUGUUACUGCACAAUACCUGUAUGGAAAACCAGUAACAGGAAAACUGACUGUAAUAUACGUUCAUGGUUUCUAUGGUUAUGAAGUACGUUAUGAAGAUACGAGAAUGAUUGAUGGCACAGUUGAUUUAAACUUUGAUGUUCCUCAGUUGUAUCAUCAGAAACGUUUUAAUGACUACAUGUACUCAGAUUAUAAAUAUGACACCGGAGACUAUAUUGACAUCAACGUGCAGGUCACAGAAUCUCUGACUGGUGUGACCCACAACAGCACCACAAGGAUUUCUAUUGCGAUGUUUAAGUUUAAGCUUGAGUUUCAGAACUACCCACCCACUAUAAAGCCAUCUCUGAACAUCACAGCCCAGCUCAAACUGUCCACUUAUAACGGCCAACCCCUCACGCUAAAUGAUCAGGCAAGGGGUGUUAGUAUAACCAUUACUCAGCAGAUUAGGAGUCCAUGGAGUUUUGAAUGGAACAACCCAAAACCUUUUCAGCCCCGAGAAAUCAAUACAACACAGGACAGCAUCUUGCCUUCAACCCUCCCCUACCCCUCAGGAGAUAUGCCAGUGGAGAAGUUACAGCUGCCAGUACCUGCUGAUGGAAUUAUAUCAAUCCCGAUACAGCUUUCAGAAACUGUGGCUACGCUUACCAUAGAGGCACAGUAUGAAGACCAACAAAAUAGCCUGCACCUAUACAGAGGAUACUUAUCUCCGAGCGAUUCAUACAUCCAACUCCAGGCUCUUAGUCCGUCUCAGGUCGGACAGCCUCUCAAGAUCAAUGUGGAAAGUAAUUUUCCCUUACCUCAGUUUCAUUACAUGGUAAUAUCCCGGGGUCAGGUGGUGGAUGCUGGGACAUCAAGUUCCUCUGUUUUUACUUUGUCUCCAGAUUUUGCGUGGGUUCCUCAUGCCAGUGUGCUGGUCUACUGCAUCCAUUCAGAUGGGGAGAUCAUCAGUGAUGCCCUGUACAUUUCCUUUACCCAAACCAUGAGGAACAAUGUGUCUCUGAGCUGGGAAAGAGAGAGGGCGGAGCCAGCCGAGGCUGUGUCUCUGAGCAUUUCUGUGGCAGAACCUGGAUCACUGGUGGGAAUCCUCGUGGUGGACAAAGGCAGCCAGGAUGUAGACAGGAGCAAUGACCUCACAGGGGAGAAGGUGAUGUAUGAGCUGGAUAAGUUUAAUGGAGUGCUUUUUCCACCAUUGGCCGGGACGAGCAUGAUGGAUCCAUAUUCAAUGUUCAUGGCAAGUGAUGUGACUGUCCUAACAGAUGCCAAUCUGAACCCGGUGUACAACUACUAUAUUAACGAUUUCAUAGAGGAGGGAGUCCAGAUGUUUUCAAUGAAGCAGGACAACCUCCAGCCACGCAAAAACUUCCCUGAGACAUGGCUGUGGCUGGAGAGCUACAUGAGUGAGAAUACCACGUUACCUCUUCAUCUGACCGUACCAGACAGCAUGACCUCCUGGGUGGCCACUGCUUUCGUAAUAUCCGAAAACCUGGGCAUUGGUUUUAGUGCUCCUACAGAGCUGGUAGUGUUCAAAGACUUCUUCUUGUCCCUGAGUCUCCCGGCUUACGUCAUCCGCGGAGAGCUGCUGCUGCUGGAGGUCACCUUGUUCAACUACAUGGACCAGGAACUGGAGGUGAUGGUGGAGGUCCAGGAGAGCAGCAUGUUUGAGUUUGUGUCUUCUAUUGAAGACUCCAUGCCUGGUGUCCGCCAUGUGUCUGUAUGGAGUCAGAAUGGCACUACAGUGCAGUUCCCCAUUAAAGCCAUUGACUUGGGACAGAUCCCAAUUUCUGUCAAAGCUGUCUCCAACUAUGCCUCUGAUUCUGUCUACCAGACCAUCCUGGUCAAGCCAGAAGGAAUGGAAGAGUCGUUCACUCAGACACUGUUCCUGGAGUUCCCCCCGUUACAGAAUGACCUUCACAAAAAGCUGGACUUUAUUUUCCCUGUAAAUGUGGUGUCAGGAAGUCAGAGGGCUGUGGUGACGGCUGUAGGUGACAUACUUGGGCCAUCCAUCAGCGGGCUGGACACACUGAUCCAGAUGCCGUAUGGCUGUGGAGAACAGAACAUGAUCAACUUUGCCCCGAACGUUUACGUCCUGCAGUACUUGAGCAGCACAGGCCAGGCUGAUGAGAAGAUCCGCACUACAGCUAUAAACUACCUGACACAAGGUUAUGAGCGUGAAUUGUCAUACCAGAGAGAGGAUGGCUCUUUCAGUGCUUUUGGAGACAGUGACCCUUCUGGUAGUACAUGGUUGUCAGCUUUUGUGUUGAGGUGCUUCCUCCAAGCUCGGGCCUUCAUCUUUAUUGAUGAAUCAGUGCUGCUGCGUACGGCCAGCUGGCUGAUAGCCCAGCAAACAUCAGACGGGGCCUUCAAGGAACCUGGCCGGGUCAUCCACACUGAGCUCCAGGGUGGACUGGACAGCUCUGUGUCUCUCACUGCUUAUGUGCUUAUGGCUUUUCUGGAGGAUGUGAGCUACAGUUCUAACUAUGCAGGACAGGUAUCGCUUGCUGUAAACUACCUGACCUUAAAACUCAGCGAAGGCAUCUCCAGUAACUACAGCCUGUGUCUGGUGACCUAUGCCCUGUCUCUGGCCAAAAGCCCCUCCGCCGGCAGUGCUCUCAGUGAGCUGAUGAGCAGGGCUAAGAUGCAAGAUAACGUGCCCGUGUGGAGUUCUCCAGACUCUGGCUUGAUGGAUUCUUGGCAGCCGCGCUCAGCAGACAUUGAGAUGGCGUCCUACACGCUGUUGUCUUACUACCAGCAGGGCAGCGUAGAGCAGGGCUUCACGCUGAUGAAGUGGCUCAGCCAGCAGAGGAGCCACCUCGGAGGAUACGGCUCCACCCAGGACACAGUGAUUGCUAUGCAGGCUCUAUCAACCUAUGCCAGCCUGAACAGUGGAGAGCAGACUGACAUUGACAUUACAGUGACCAACCCGAUGGACAAAGUAGCCAACUUCACUAUAAACCAAAGCAACUACCUUCUGUACCAAAGCCAAGAGAUUGAAGCCACAGAGGAGCUCCACAUCCAUGUAUCUGCAGUGGGAAAAGGAAUUGCACUCUUCCAGCUUACUACAUUCUACAACGUAGAGGCCAAAGAGCUGUCCCGCAGACGCCGUGAUGCUCACACUAAUGAGGCCUUUCACAUGGACAUAAAUGUCAUGGACAUUAACCUGUACAGUAUCUACAUCAAUAUAUGUUUUCGGCUAUCAGAGAACCAAGUGUUGGAUCAGACCGGUAUGGCUAUUCUGGAGGUUGGCCUUCUCACUGGCUUCAGUUUGGCUCAGGAUGGCAUCACCUUAAACAGCCUGGUCAAAAAAGUGGAGACACCGCCAGGAAAAGUCAUCCUCUAUCUUGACUCAGUGACCAAGAGUGAAGAAUGUGUUACUAUCCCAACCUUGCUGGAGUUCAAAGUCACCAGUGUUCAGGAUGCAGUGGUUGCUCUUUAUGACUACUAUGAGCCACGGAGGAGAACAGUGAGGACCUACACAUCUGAGGCCAGACAAGACAUGCCAAUUUGCUCUUUCUGUGAAGGAGACUGCUCUUACUGUGAGACAAAUGAUGUGUCUAUAUUUGACAGUGGCCUGUCUUGGCAUCAAAACAAUAGUUUAGUUAUGCUCUUGGUUCUUCUGAUCACCUUAACUAUUUGCUUCUAAAUAGAAAUUAAUUAUUCGUGAUAUGAGGUCACUUUGUAUUGAUUUGAAACAGUUCUUCAGUUUCUAAUGUGUAAUCAAGACUUGAAUUUGGACUGGGAAACCUGCAAAAAUGCUGUGAUUAAUGUGAUGGUACAAAUUAUUAGUUUUAUUAUGAUUAUUUAAGUUCAUGAGUGAAA